AUGUUCGUGCGCCCCUUGACUGCUCCAGUUAGGCCCGAUGCCUUCCUCUCUGGAGAUGCUCGAAUUGACGCGUCUUGGAGCAUGCUCGCUAAUCUCAAGUCGCCCAUGCACCCGGAUCAGGACCUCGACGACGAUGGCGCUCCGGAUUAUGAGACUUAUCCGACAGGCUCAGGCAGACGAAUCUUGCUGCCACAUCGUGGGGUGAGCCGAUCCACGGCCACCUCAACUCCCACAGCUUUUGAUGAUGAGAUGGACUUUGCUCUUUCUUUCACGACACAAGAAUCCGAGGCCGGUUGCAGCGAUGUCGACGCAGUCUUGGGCGAGGAGAUGGUGGAGGUCGAGGGUGGUGGUCUUCCUGAGGAGCCGCUGAUGCGAAAGAUCAACGCGACUAGUUCAUUCCGCAUGCACGCGGUUCGUGCCCGUCGCGAGCGCAUUCGUGCAGCACGACAUCAGGUCAUCGUUGACUUCUUGCAGAGGAACAACUUCGGUGGAGUCAACGCACCACGCUCUCGCUUGGGCUUGAGGUUGCUCUCGGAAUCCGUGUACCCACUCCACGUGGCAGCGCAGCGGGGGGAUGCUCACAUGGUACAAGAGCUCCUUCGAGAAAAGGCGGAUCCAGAAAAGAGGAGCUCGAGCGGGCGCACGGCUGUGGAUAUGGCACAUGCAGCGAACCACUUUGGGUCUCACUGUAUGGUGCUCGAGAUUUUGUCCGGACGGUGGAACAGCAUGAGCUUCCGCGACCUGAGAGCCAUGUCCUGCUCUGACACUUAG